CUCGACGUGCUUGGUUUCACUCAAUAGCCUUUAGCUCUUUGCUAACGUGCGCAUAUACCCGCCUGGCCUUUGCACUUGUCAUCUCGGACUCCUCCUCUUGAGUUAACAACAAGCGCCCCUCGGACCUGUUGGCCUGCUUGGCUGCCCGCAGUCUAUCAAAAUGGGCGACGAAACCCUCGCACAACGAUUAUUGAGAUCUCGUCAAGAAAUCUCGGAAUUGGACCUCCGUCUUCCUCCAGUUCGACCACCGUCUCCUGGUUUUCAGAUGAGGGCGGCGCGUAUCCGCUCAGGGGCACAGGAGCUGUUCAAGCAGGCCCGGGGUGACCCUUCAGAGCCCAAGUGGAUCUUCCUCCGUGAAUACUUACAGACCACGGUCUGCAAGACUCGAUUCCGCGGGGCGAUGAAGAUUGGCGUGAACAAACCAAGAGCGCGCAGUGCGCGGAUGAAGCCGAAGAAGGAUUUCGAGUGGUUCCUGCCUGACACGGAGCAGGAGUGGGAGGAAUGGGUCAAGUCGAAGCCUAAGCAGCCAAAGUUACGUGCGUCCAGUCCGGAAAAGCCCUCUCGUUCGAACGACCUGCAUCAGAAGGUCGCCCAAUGGCAGGCCGAAGUUAUCGUGGAAGAGACGGCCAGGGAACCGAUACGCUCUGUAUCCGACCUUCGGCGGCAAGUCAGCGCUACGACGUCGGCUGCCUCACUCGUUCCGCUUCCGUCUACAUCUCAGGCUCCGCCGCAGUUGUCAAGUCCAGAAGACGUCGUUGGAUCCCCCGUCAUCGAAGGACCGACUGAUUAUGCUGCCUUCGAUCCACCUGCUGCAUCUACUCAGAAAGAGGGCCGUGAUGUGAUAUCUCCCGCGGACGAAUCGACCAUCAUACCGGGAUUGAAUGCGGCCGAAACGCAAUCGGACAUUGAUGCUGCCAACCUACUCGUAGAAGAACCUACAGAUUUUGCGCACUUCCAACCUCCUGCACAUUCGACCCAGAUGGCCCCGGGAGUACCAGAUCCGACUAUCAUCGACCUUACUGAUGGGCCCGCCAAACAAGACGCUAUUCCAGAUGCAGAUUUAGAGGAGCUACCUGAUUAUGAACAUUUUGAUCCCCCCAUGGUGUCAACUCAGAAAGCACCUAGACCUUCUAUGCCUUCCUCACCUCCCGCCACUCCUCAACCCAACCACCGCUCUGGUUCCAAGCCCUCCAGGACGCUAGAAGACCAAUCCAUCGGGCACCACGGCUCCCUGCCGGACUUACUGCCGUCCUCGACUCGCCUCUCACCACGCAAGACUGUGCUGGACAUGACACCGUGCCGUCCGCAGCCGAAGCGACCUCUCACGCCGCCCUCAGAAGAUCCGCAGCGGAUAAGCAGACCGGUCAAGAAAGCAAAGACAAUGCCUUUCCCAAGUCCCAGCCAUCCAACCGAGCCUCCCGCUUCUGAUCUGCCGGAGCAAGGUUUCCUUCCCUGCACUCCGGCACCGAAGCAGAAGCGGGUGCCGUACGUCUCGCCCGGCAAGGGCGUUCCCAAACUCGAUCUCGUGCAGAUACUGGCAUCCUCCUCUCGUAAGUCUGUCAGCAAGAAGAAGAAGAACAAGCCGCGUGCAAGGGGCGAGCCAUCCACGUCGCAGCCCGUCUCCGUGGAAUCCUCGCAGGCGAGUAUCGGCCUCUCGGACCUGGACGCCGGGUCGCAGGGAAAGGUCCUGGUCCCUACCUCGUCCUCGCCGCCGCCCAACCCAGGCUCUCCCUCGCCCACCAAAUCGCAGUUCUCGUUGAUGGACUCCGCCGGGACAAGUUCGGACAACUCGUUCACGCGGCUCGCACCCCCACAGCGCGCACCGGAUUCGCCAACGCCCUCAUCGUCGCGGGUCAUCACGCUCUCGAACGAUGUGUCGAGCAUCAUGCCUUCGUAUGGUUCCUUCCAGCGGUAUGCACACGGACAACCGCAAUCGACGUUCCAGAGCUCGGGAAAGGGCGGCACGGAUUCUCCUCGGCUUAAGGCGGGCAGGACGGGGAGCGUGUUCCUCGGCUUUGGGUGUGGCGGAUACAACUCCCAAUUCGACGUCGAGGGGGGCGCCGGGAUGGCGAGCGAGCUGCUGGCGAAGGACAUUGACUGGAUGCCGCAAGACUUUGGUGAAGAUGCCCAUGACGAGGGAGCAGCCGGGGGUAGUCAGGACGUGCAUAUGCGGACGGGAAGCAUGGACAUCUAGUUCGGAGUUGUAAAUGCGCCGAAGCGAUGUACGUUUUAUUGUCAUGUAGUUCCGGUGUUCGGUAUCCAUAAUCGCUUUAUGCAUU